AUGGCUCUCAGCACUGACGGAGAUCUUGAGGCUCGGUUCAACUCGGUGGAAGAGCUUUUUGAAGGGCUAAAACGCACCAAGCAGGUGAUUGCGGAGCAGGAUGAGAUCAUCAAGCAGUCAAAGCAGAACAUCGAAAUAUCCGAAGGUAUCAAGCGUCAAGCUAAUCGACAGUACAACGAGAUCGAACGAGCAAUUGGCGCUCUACUCACACCCAAAAGCACUCGCGUGAUGAAAGUCGAAGAUGAAUCACCAACUCGCGUCACAAUUCCAACUCCCAAGAUCUCGUCGCAAGGACUCCAAGGCUCCAACAAUGGUCGACAAUCUACCCCCGAGGAUACCACCGCAAUCGCAUUCCCCAAGCUUGCAGAUCCGCAGUGGCUCGACAAGGCCAAGACAGAUGCCCGCGUACACCCUAGUAUCGGUUUCUCCGUUGGGCCAGAAAAGUACAAACGGCAAGAGUACAUCAUCUAUGCAAAGACCGAAGGUCGCGAAAAGCAUUCUAUCAAGAGCUUGGAAAAUGGCGUGGAGUACAUUAUCGGCUCUACACCGAGAGUUGCUCAAGCAGGUGGCUGGAUGCGUCGCGCUGGUAGCACGCUAAUCGCAGUAAAUGGUUCGUCUUUGUGGGGAACGCCUAAGACUGAUAUCGGCGAAACGAGGCAGGAGUUUUCUCGACUGGACGGAUCAUCGAAGCUGAUGGUAUGGUACGAGCGUCACACGGUUGACGUGGCCUGGUGGUGUGACAAUUUCACGACCUGA